AUGAUGGAGAGCAUAGUCAAGAGGAUCAUUGACGUAGGUUUCUUUAAAAACGAAGAACUUGCGACAAUCUUGGGGACUUCUAAACGGACUAUUGAGCGAAUUGCUGCAGAGAAUACUGAGAGUGAAUCUGACGAAGCGGCUGGAAGAGAAGAGGCACUAUCCAGAUCUCCCCUAAAGCAUUGAAGUGAUGAAGACUUUGCUGAGGUCAUUAAGGAAUGUGAGAAGGAUACAGGCUUUGUCAGCAAAGCAAGUUUGAGGGCCCAAUUCAAAAGAAAGACAGUUGACAUCAGCGAAGAACAGCUAGAAAAGAGCUGAAGAAGAGGGGAUAUGUCUAUAGGAAGAAGAGGGUUGUUCUACAGCUAA